UGAGACGCAUCUCCGGCCACUCAUUCUGCUGCCAACAAACGCAAACCCCAAAUUCUCACAGAAUCUCAAAGCAAAGCAACAAUGGCGGCAAUGGUUUCUCCAUGGGGAAAACCAGGCGCUUGGGCCCUCGAUUCUGAGGAACACGAAGCUCAACUCCUUAAAGAACAGGAACUGCAGAAACAAGCCGAACUCAGCCUGGAUUUUCCCUCCCUCAAUGACGCCUUGGCCACCAAGCAGAAGAAGAAAGGGCAAACUCUCUCAUUGGCCGAGUUCAACACCUAUGGAAGUACCGGGUCGAGAUCUUCUUCCCAGAGCCUCAGACAUGAAGAUUUGAUGGUACUACCCACCGGCCCUCGCCAACGGACGGCGGAGGAGCUCGACCGGAACAGGCUUGGUGGUGGAUUCAGGAAUUAUGGUUCGAAUGGUUCGUAUGAAAGGAAUAAUAGGUAUUCUAAUGGGGACGAUUCGUCUAAUUCCAAGUGGGGUUCGUCUAGGGUUUCUGAUGAGAAUCGGAGGAAUGGUAAUGGGUCUAAUAGGGCGGAUUCGAGUAAGGAAUUUACAUCUUCUAGGGCUGACGAAGUCGAUAAUUGGGCUUUAACUAAGAAACCGAUGGCUGGAAAUGGAUUUGAGAGGAGGGAGAGAGGAGUAGGGUUUUCGGAUUCGCAAUCGUCAAAAGCCGACGAAUCUGAGAGUUGGGUUUCUAAUAAGACCAAUGUUCCGUCGGAUGGAAGGAGAUUUGGGGCUAACGGUGGAUUUGACAGAGAGCGACGAGGAGGGUUCACGGCGAGCGGCGGCGGUGCAGAUUCAGACAAUUGGGGGAGAAAGAAAGAGGAAGGUAAUACUGGUGGCGUCAUUGGUAGUCGGCCAAAGCUUAAUCUGCAGCCACGGACACUGCCGGUUAGCGACGGGAAAUCGUCGGAGAUAUCAGGGACGGCGGCGAGGUCCAAGAGUUCGAAUCCAUUUGGAGCGGCGAGACCGAGGGAAGAGGUUCUAGCCGAGAAGGGACAUGACUGGAAAAAGCUUGACGAGCAGCUAGAGUCCAAGAUUAAGGAGGUGUCGGUGGAGGAGAAGACAGAAAAAUCCAACGCCAUUUCCUUUGGGAAAAAGAGCUUUGGCAAUGGGAAGAGCCGGGCUGGUGAGGAUAGAACAGAGAAAAGCUGGAGAAAACCGGAGUCGCCACUGCAGGAGUCACUAGAAUCUCGUCCCGACAGUGGGGAAGAAAAUGAAAUUCGAGAUUGCGAAGGUGAACGCGACGGGGACGAAAAUGGAGCUUGAGGGAUGUGAUUUAAAACUGAGAGAUUGAAAGACAGAUAUGGAAGUUAGAGAAAGUUUUGGAAUGAUGACAACAUUCUCUAAUGUUGUUUUCUUUAUAGUUUUGCCAGUGAGAAACAGUUUUGAUGUGUUUAUUGUACUGUUUUGUAGCCAAACUUCUACUUUGUUAACAUUAUUGUUCUAAUCUUAAGUCCCAUUUCCUCUGCAGAGUUUAUUAUUAA